AUGGAGGAGAGGAAAUUGUUAACGAAGAUGGACUUAAGACUCAUGCCAUUAAUCUCAGUUCUUUAUAUUCUAAGCUUCCUGGACAGGGUUAAUAUAGGAAACGCGAAAUUGGCGCAUAUUGAGCGCGACCUGGGGUUAUACGUUAAGAGUUCUACAGUCACAACAUAUCAUAAUUCAACCGUUUCCUUUAACUCCUGUACUUUUGAUGUAGGGGCUAUAUACUUUUUGAGGGUAUCUCACUAUGCACCUGAAUGGGAAGCUUGGGUUAAGCGGAUGGCAAUGGAUUUUCCCGAAGCUGCCAAAUGGCUAACGGAAGAUGAACGCCAAUUGGCUAUUAAACGACUUCGACACGAUGCAGGGCGUGCACACUCUGCUCAUUUUCGUGUCGACCAAAUUGUGAUUGCUGCUAGCGAUUGGAAAGUGUGGACAUCGACGUUUAUAUUUAUGGGAAUUGUUGCCGCUACAUAUUCCUUUUCAUUCUUCAUUCCCACUAUUGUAAACGGCAUGGGAUUUAACCCUG